UUAACCCGUUCAAGCUUGGAGUAAUGAAGAUCAUUCUCUUUACAAAUUUGGGCAACUUCUUGGGCUGCCAAUCUCUACUCCAACCCAUCAGCCUAUUCCUGCAAUGGACAUAGCUACGCAUCGGCUGUCAUAGCGAAGCCCAGAUAUCCAGCAUCUCUCCUACAAGUGACCGAAGGUCACUUCUGCCGUGCACCAUCAGAUACAGGGUCGUAGUAAGUGUAGAUUCUAAAGUUUCCGUCCGGUCCAAGUUGAAACACCGACAACGUGCUGUUAUACUUUGCAUCUCAUUCCCACUAAAUACCUUCUCUGCCUCUCAUACCAGAAAAAACCACACUGCCUGAGGCAACCUGACUCCACCAGCCCACCACCGCGCCAGCCACCUGACUCCCCACCUGCAGCCCUCGCUUCCUAUUUGGCUCUCACCUAGGCCCUGUCACCUCUGUCCCAUCACCACCUCUGCGUCGUCAUUAGUCAUCAACUCUGCCCAGCACGCCAGCAGCCAACAGCAAGGGGAUUUGCUGCAUCAGUGGAUGUUCUCUUUCUUGUUGCAUGGGAAAGGAAAAUGGACUAGGACUGAAUUCAAUCAAAGCCAGAGCGCGUGUUGGUUUCUUAUGUAGGUGUUAGCAUAUAUGGGUUCUAAAUCAGUUGAGGACAUGAUAGAGGCCUCAUCCGAGGUCCAUUCUUGUGGGUUUCAUAUGCAUGGUUUGGAGUCAAUGUAAAAGACUUUUAUAUCCCUGGAGAGGUGUCAUUACCACACCUGUUUAGAUUUAAGACUCAAUUUACUCAAUCCCAGGAUUUUUACUUGGCCAAUUCCAGCGCUGAAAUUGAGAUUUGAUACUUCGGCACCAUGAAAGAAGAACAAAGCUCACUUCUUCUCAAAUCCUCCUCUCUAUUCCCUCCCCCCCAAGGAGUAAAGCUAUCAUAUGGAACAGCAGGGUUCAGGGCAGAUGCAUCAAUCCUUAAAUCAGCAGUUUACAGAGUUGGGAUAUUGGCUGCUUUAAGGUCAUUGAAAACUCAAUCAGUGGUUGGAGUGAUGAUCACAGCUUCACAUAAUAAGGUUACUGACAAUGGAGUCAAAAUUGUUGACCCAAGUGGCGGGAUGCUCUCUCAAGAAUGGGAGCCUUUUGCUGAUCAACUUGUCAAUGCUCAAACUCCUGAAACUCUUCUCUCAAUCAUAAGAGAAUGUGUGGAGAAGGAAAAAAUCCCAUUUGAUGGAGUGCAAUCGGCAGAGAUAUUGUUGGGAAGAGACACACGGCCUAGUGGGGAAUCUCUCCUGGAAGCUGCAAAGCAUGGUAUAAGUUCAAUUUUUGGAGCUAUUGCACUUGACUUGGGGAUUUUAACAACCCCACAGCUGCAUUGGAUGGUUCAUGCUAGGAAUAAAGGCAUGAAAGCGACUGAACCUGCCUACUUUGAACAGAUUUCGAGCUCAUUCAGGUGCUUGAUAGACUUGAUCCCAAAUGGAACAAAGGUCAACAAGCUGGAUAAUAGAGUGGUGGUUGAUGGGGCUGAUGGUGUGGGUGGAGAGAAACUUUUAGUCUUGAAAAACAUGUUGACCGAUUUAGUUAUUGAGGUUCGUAAUUCUGGUAAAGAUGGAGGUUUACUAAAUGAUGGGGUUGGUGCUGAUUAUGUACAGAAAGAGAAGGUUGUCCCACGUGGAUUUGGUUCCAAUGAUGUAGGAAAAAGGUGUGCAAGUUUGGAUGGAGAUGCUGAUCGCCUUGUGUAUUUUUCAGUUCCAUCUAAUAGUAGCAGCAAAAUUGAUCUUGUUGAUGGGGACAAAAUAUUAUCCUUGUUUGCUUUAUUCAUCAAAGAGCAGCUAAACAUUCUGACCAGGGAGGGGAAUAAAAAAUCAAAUAAUAAUUUUCAAGCUCAUCUUGGUGUUGUACAGACAGCUUAUGCAAACGGAGCAUCAACCGAUUACCUCAAGCAGUUGGGUUUAGAAGUCAUUUUUACUCCAACAGGGGUGAAACACUUACAUGAGAAAGCUGCUCAGUUUGAUAUUGGAAUCUAUUUUGAGGCCAAUGGUCAUGGCACUAUCCUGUUCUCAGAAUCUUUCUUAUCUUGGUUAGAGGCUAGGAACAAUGAGCUCGCUUUGGUGUCAGAAGGAUCCGAACAGCAGAAAGCUGCUUUAAGACUACUAUCAGUCAGUAAGUUGAUCAACCAAGCUGUUGGAGAUGCUUUGAGUUGCUUGCUCUUGGUUGAGGCAAUUUUGCAACAUAUGGAUUGGUCCAUACAUAAAUGGAAUGAACUUUACCAGGAUCUACCUAGUCGACAGCUUAAGGUCAAAGUUGUUGACAGAACAGCUGUUGUCACAACAAAUGCAGAAACUGUGGCUGUGACCCCCCCUGGAAUUCAAGAAGCCAUUGAUGCUGAAACUGCAAAGUACCCUAGAGGUCGGUGUUUCAUACGACCAUCAGGUACAGAGGAUGUCGUUCGUGUAUAUGCAGAGGCAUCCACACAAGAAGCUGCAGACAGCUUGGCCAACUCUGUUGCGAAACUUGUUGAUCAGUUUCUAGGAUUUGGCAGCUCUGCACAGUAGCUUCCCAAUGGUUUUUCUUUUAAUGCAACAGAAGUCAGAAGAUGUCAAACAGGCGGUUCUAAUUUAACCAACUAAAGUUUCAGAGAUGAUUUACAACUGGAGGUACAAAUAGCUUCCGAGAAUCUAUCCUGGUUUUAUAAACAGUAAAACUUAUCAUCUUAUUGUAGAGGCAUUGACAUCAAUGUAAGUUUUGUCUCUACUUGUAACAACUUGGAUUUGGUUUAGUGGUUCUUACUAUUCUAGUGCAGAGUCAAUGUCCAAAUUUUUUUUAAAU